AUGUCUGCGUCAAUUCCAGAGAAGCGAUUUGGCUCCAAGCGACGCGUCUCUUCGACCGCCAUGGCCCGCACCAAGCAGUCGCCACGGCCGGCCAAGAGGGCCCGCUCGCGCUCGCCCUUUGGGCAGCCCGCGGAGCCUGCGGAGCCUGCGGAGCCUGCGGAGCCUGCGGAGCCUGCGGAGCCGGCUGAGGAGAUGCAAGAUGCUCAGAUCGAGGUUGGCGAGAUCGAAGAUUCGGGUGAGCCAGUGGCUGUGAAGACGAUGAGGCCGGGAGAUGGGAAGACCUUCCCGAAGCAAGGUGAUCAGCUGGUGAUGCACUAUUCUGGCAUACUUGCGUCAAAAGAGAAGCUGAAGGAGAAAGUGCCCUUUGACUCUUCAUAUUCACGAGGAAAGCCUUUCAUGUUCAGGAUUGGAGUCGGGGAGGUGAUUCGUGGCUGGGACGAGGGCAUCAUGCGAAUGUCCUUGGGCGAGAAGGCCAUGAUCAGGGUGAAAUCUGACUAUGCCUAUGGAAUGGCUGGUGCUGGGUGCAUCCCACCAAAGUCUGAUUUGAACUUUGAGGUGGAACUCCUGAAGAUUUGCUGA